GUAUUCUCUAGUUUUGGACUUAAAAACAAAAAUUCCACUGUAGAUUUCUCCACCACCUCUGUAGCAGUUCAUUACAAUUGUCUGGGUUGCUCCAGCACUGCUUCACGAUUGUCUCCCCUUGAAGUCCUAAUCUCUAGAGUUCCGAGUGACAGAGUAACUCUUCUGCACUUGCUUUUAAGCCUCUCAUCCAGUCAUUCCUUCAUUCCUUUCUCGUAAUUUAUCAGAAGCUUAUUGCUAAUCAUCUCUUGAUAAGUUGGUUUGUGUUUAUGUAGUUUGUCCUAUAUACUUAUUUCUGUUGCUUGAUGAAUUUAAGCAUGAGGUUCAAUGCUCACUGGCCCCUCCGUUUUAUGUUUUUAUUUUCAGAAAGCAAACCCAAGAUGUUUGGAUUUAUUAAAAGUGUUGGGAAUCACUGUUAUUUUUAUUUCUCCAUUUACAUGUGCUCUCUAUAAUAAUUUCUCUCUUCCAUUUGAUUCAGAAUUGGAGUGAUUUCAGGUUGUUAAACGUAGGUUUGGAGUUGAAACAAGCAUAAAUGUGACAAUGUAUGAGAAGACCAAGUCCACCAUCGAUUCCAUCCACACCAAACAUAACAAGGUUUCGUAUCAUUUGAGGUUGAUGCAGUUCCCGAGAAGGUUCCCUCCCUUCUAGCCAGAGACUUUGUCUUCACACGACUUCAAAUGGAUCAAGUGGCCAAAAAUUUCAGGGUCUAAUCAAUAGUGUGGAGAAGAGCAACAAUACAUUUUUGAGGAAGGAAUAACAAUAUCUUCGUUGAAUUCGUGCAAAGAUUUUUUCUCACAGCAUCGACCAGCUUCCAGGUAUGCUGUUAGCUUCUCGUUCAACAGAGUCUGCUUGAAGAGGUUACACCAGGCAAUUGAAGUUCCAAUCGUUCUUGUUUAAGAGGCUUCAUAUUUCCUCAUUUCCUCUCAUGUAGUAGGACAACAAGUUGAACCUCGACCUUAUCUACCCAUAUGACUAGACUUUAUAAGGAACAAAUUAUCGCAGUCCAUCAGAUCUGGGCCUCAGAGGACGUCCACCAUAUCUUAUUGGGGGUCAGCAGCUAGCCGUGAGAAGGGACCUUGGAAAGACCUCGGUACGAAGUCCGAUCUAGGUCAAUCAAGGCUAGCUGCUGAUGCAAGUAAAGCCAUAGAGAACUGGGAGUCAUUGUAAUGAGAUUUCAGACAGGUUUGUGCUGCAGUGGAAGAGUUCACUUCAAAUCUCUACAGGAAGGUUUUCAGGAGCUCUGCAGUGGUGUCAUGGUCCACAGAACCUUUCUGAAACUAUUGGCAACAGGAACGCAGUGGCACUUUCCAAGUACAGGGAAAGAGUGAAAGGGGAGUGGUUCGGUCUGGGCUAAUUAUUUAUGUGACUGGGGAUUACUUAAAUGACAAGGCUUCCAAAUAGAAUAGUUUAUUGGCAAAGAUACAAAAGGUUAGCGGUUGAGACUCAUAGUUAUCCUAUAACUAAGGUGAGUAACUCAAUUGGUAACUCUAUUGAUUUCCUUCCUAAUUUUAGUCAUAAUGUUUGCUAAUUAUUAAUCUUUUUCAUCACCCCUUAAUUACCUUGUUGUAAAAAGUAAUUAAGUAUUACCUAUGUUUGGUCCGGCUUUUAAAAGUGUUUUUCGGCUUCAAAAGCUAAAGUAGGACCAAACAGACUUUUGAAAAGUCGAAAAGUGCUUUUGUAUAACAUAAAAGCAGAAGCUCCGAUUUGGAGCUUCAAACUGUUUUGAAAAUACAAUAUUAUUCUUACCAUAUUUUAAUUUUAUUUCAGAAAAUAUAAUUUUUCGUCAUUUAUAUCAUUUUAAAAAUAAACUAAAUUAUAAAAUUAUAUUAUUUAAUAUAAAAGAAAUCUAACAAGAUCCAUUUUGACUACUUUUUUUUAUUUAGAAUUUUAUUCAUAUUGUAUAUUAUAAGUCCUUUAUAGUCAUUUUAUACAACCUCUCAUAUUAAAAAACACUUGUAAUAGUUUUACCGUCAAACACUCAACUGAAUUUUUUAAAAAAUACUAAUCUAAAAGCUCCAGCGAGCUUCUGCAAAAGUUACAGCAGUACAACUAUUGCAAUUUCUAAUUUCUUCUACUUUUUCCUUCAUCCUUAUUUAAUGUGGAAGAAUACGAAGAGAGUUCUGCCCAAUAAACAACUAAAAUAUUCUGACCUACCUUCGUCAAGGUGGACAAUACAUCAAUCAAAAGUAAACCAUCCCAUUUGCUGUUGCGUCUGCAGGCCAGCUACUCAUUUCCUCUGUAGUCUCUGAGCAGCCGGACCCUUUUCUCAGAUUUCAAGAUUCCACAGUAAAAAAGUGAGUGAAAAACCAUCUUCCUCUUUUCUUCUUCACUCAUCAGUUUGUAUGUUUUGCUUUUGAAGUUUGAUUUCUUUGUUAAGGGAAGGAUCAAUUGGUUUAUCUUCCCGCCCAACUGAAUACUCCAUUACUGUGAUUUUCAGAAGUCCAGUCCAGUCCAGGAACCAUGAUUGGUUUCGUUAUUAAGCUCGCCGGGGGUAUCCUUGCUUCAUUCUGCCUUGGGUGGGCUAUCAAUCUCUAUACUUCUGAUCGCGAGGAAGAUGAUGAUCAUCAUCGUGGGUCUUAUUCCCGUCUGGAAGGGGAGUCACCAAGCCGGUCUCAUCUUCAUCGGGUUAAGAACAACACCCCUAGUAAUUUCUACCCGCCCUACAUCCCCAGUUCAUCGUCUUCUUCUUUUAGAGCAUCUCAGUUUCCCUCCAAUGCAGCGGAGUCCCCAACUUUGAACAAGAAUGAGGGAACACCUACACGACAUCCGUUACCUUCUAAGCUUCCUGCUGUCCCCAUUUCUAAACCAUCCCGGGCUUCCCUAUUUCCAAAAGAAACUUCUUCUUCUUCUUUUAGAACAUCUCCGUUUCCCUCCAAGGCCCCGGAUUCCCCGACUGUGAAGCUAGCUCCGUGUCUACGACCAUUGGACAGCGACCCUCCCCUUGUUUUCCAGUGGCCACCUUCCCCUGAGGAAAUGCCUGCACGAUAUCCAAAACCUUCUAACCCUCCUGCAGUUCCCAUUUCUAAACCAUCUCCAGCUUUCCUGUUUUCAGAAGAAACAUCUUCUUCUGUUAAAGCAUCUCCGUUUCCCUCCAAGGCGGAGAAGUCCCCGAUGUUGAAGCCAACUCUGCGUCCAGUUCCCCCAAGUGCAAGUUCAACUGGCGGCGGGACACAAGCCAAGUACAUAUGGGUCCAGAAAGGCAAGUCACAACCAGUUUAUGAGAUUCCAGAGGAUGUUGAGCGUUUGAUCAAGCAAGAUAAGGUGCCUCUAGUACUGCUGAGGAAGCCUCUAUCUACUUCCACCUACAGAGAUUAUUUUGCUGCUCUUCUGUAUGCAGAGGACCACUAUCUCGAGAAAUGGAACGGCUUCGAGUUGUUCGACGUGGAGUUGGAGCUAAAACAAGCACAAAUUUACGACAAGACUCGGUCCACUAAUCACACGCGUAAUGCAAAACAUGACAAGACUCGGUCGACCAACUAUACCCGUAAUCUGACACUUGGCAAGACCUUCGUGUCAUUUGUGAUUGAUGCAGUUCCUGAGAAGCGCCCCUUCCUUCUAUCCAGAGACUUCGUCUUCACCCAACUCUCAAAUGAACCAAACAGCUGUCCAUUUCAGGGGCUGAUCUAUCGUGUGGAGAGGAGUAACACCAUCUUAGUUGAAUUUGGCCAAGAUUUCUUCUCUCAGCAUCGACCAACUUCCAAGUACGAUGUUAGCUUCUCAUUCAACCGAGUCUGCCUGAAGAGGUUUCAUCAGGCGAUCGAAGUUGCUUCCACUCGUUCAUGGCUAAGAGGCUUCAUUUUCCCGGAUUCUCUCUCCAGUACCCGGACAAGCAUAGCUACCCCAGUAUCUACCCAUAUGUUCAAUCACAGACUUGACAAGCAACAAAGGGUUGCAGUGGAUCAGAUCCUGAGCCUCCAAGGACCUCCGCCAUACCUUGUAGAGGGCCAGCUAGCCGUGAAACCUGACAAAUCAAGGACAAUUGCAAAGCAGCAACUAUCAAGGACUGGAUUAGUAGUGAAAGAGGCUGUGGCCCAACUGUAUCGUACCAGUGCAGAUCAUCGGAUUCUUGUAUGUGCACAUGCUAACAGAACCUGUGAUGUGCUGAUGGAGCAUUUGAUAGAGGAGAUCAAGGACAGAGAUAUGUUUCGAGCCAAUGCAGCUUUCAGGGAGAUUGAUGAGGUCCCCAGUGAGAUCCUUAGCCAGUCUGCAUACAAAGGGGAAUGUUUCACGUGCCCGCCACUCGUUGAGCUCCAGAGGUAUAGAGUCAUAGUAUCUACUUACGUGACGAGCUUCCGGCUGCACAGCGAGGGUAUUGGCAAAGGACAUUUUAGUCAUAUCUUCUUGGUGGAUGCCUCGACAGCAAUCGAACCGGAAGUGAUGGUAACAGUGGUUAACUUGGUGGGUGAGGAGACGGCUGUGGUAGUUUCGGGUUCAAAAUUCAAUAGCCCUCAUUUGGUCCGAUCCGAUAUCGCCAGAAUGUAUGGACUCAAGACCUCCUACUUUGAAAGGCUUAAAAAUUGCAGCAAGCUGUACCAUGAAUCUUCUGGUUCUUCAAUGUUCAUCAGCCGGUUGGAGGGGGAUUCACAUAGCUCCUUCAUACCUUCCGAUUAUGACUAAAGUCUGUAAGAGGAACCGUUUUGAUGUAGGUUUAUGUAUACAUGUUGUACAUAUACCAGGACGGUAAUAGUUCCAGGCACAAAGUUGUGAACUCUCUUUUAAUGAAGUAAAGCUCUCUUCCUAUGACUAGAGAUUGAAAUUUUGAUUAAUUGACGAGGUUAUCAGCAACCACACUACCUUGGUUCUAGAGCUCUCAGUAUUGUGCAAAAGCAUAUGGAGCUUUGUUUUGGGAAGAUAUGGGGAGUGCGAACUGCUUCGUACGGCCCAUGCCUAUGCCUUUCGUCCAUGAAUGAGAAACUUUUUUCUAGUGGACUGCAGACUCAAAGCUUACAUUUGUUUCUCAAUAACUUUGUGCUCACUAG